UCUAUUAAUUUAUUAGCCUUCUAAACUGUCUGUCCAUAUAAAUACUUCUCCAUUGUACCCCUUACAUCCAUAUCAUUCUUCAAUCAAAAACUAAAUCCACCAAAAACAAAAGAAGAAAAGAAAAGAAAGAACAAUGGCAAUAAAGAGAUCGAGCAAAGCAACGUUGUCUCAAACAGUAUCUAUCAAGCAAAUGGUAAAGAGAUGCUCGAAUCUAAGAAAGAUGAAGAACCAAGAAGAUGAUCUUCCUCAAGACGUGCCAAAAGGUCAUUUUCCGGUUUACGUUGGACAGAACCGAAGUCGGUACAUCGUUCCCAUUUCUUGGCUCGACCACUCCGAGUUCCAAACUUUGCUCCGCCUAGCUGAGGAAGAGUUUGGGUUUAACCAUGUUAUGGGUAUAACCUUGCCUUGUGAUGAAGUCUUCUUCAGGUCACUUAUCUCCAUGUUUAGAUAAAGCUCGAUCUUUGAAGAUAAAUCCAAAAACAAGAAACAAACAAGUCAUUUUUAAGGAUUUUCUGAUUAAGACGGAAGAACAUGGCUAAGAAGCUUCGUUAGGCAUUAUUAACCCGUUUGGGGUUUUUUUUCAUUCUUUUUCUUAAACUAAGUUUGUUAGUAAUCUUAAUAUUUUGUAAUAGUUGGGAUUGGGUGGGAGUGGGAGACUUUUUUCCCUCAAGGCAACGUAAAAAGGUUGACUAAUCAUCUUGAGAGGAUUAUAGCUAGUUAACUCUACAAAUUAAUUGGUUAUGAUCAUUGAUCAUCUUGUGGACUUGUGGUAACGAUGUUUAUGUGUUAUAUGAAUCCGCAUAGUUAAUAUAUGUUGAGAUUUUUUUCUAUUA